UGGAGACCUGGGCUGUCUGCCGUCGCCCUGGGAGUUGGCCCAAAUUUCUGUGCAUGGCACACUUAUCAUUCCCCCUUAAGUUAGACGCUGUAGAGAUUGGGGCCAUGCCAUUGAGUCUGUUGCAGGACUGGUGCAGGGGGGAACAUCUGGACACCCAGAGGUCUAUGCUCAUUCCGGGGGUUCCUGAGGACUGUGAUGAGGAUGAGUUUGAGGAGACUCUUUAGGAGGCUCUCAGGCAAAUGGGCAGGUACAGGGUCAUUGGCAGGAUGUUCAGGAGGGAGGAAAAUGCCCAAGUGUGUCUCCUGGAACUUGCCCAAGAUAUCGACUAUGCUUUGAUCCCUAAGGAAAUCCCAGGAAAGGGGGAACCUUGGAGGGUGGUGGUAAACCCUCGGAACUCGGACGGCGAAUUUCUCAAUAGACUGAACCACUUCUUAGAGGAGGAGAGGUGGACAGUAUCAGACAUGAACAGAGUUCUUAGAUCAGACAUCAAUUGCCUGGCUCCCAGAGUGGUCAUAUCCCCUGAUUUCUGGAUUUGGGCCCAGAACCUGGGGGCAGUAGUACAGCCUCUACUAGAACAGAUGUUAUUCCGGGAGCUCAGGGUGUUCUCUGGGAACACCGUGUCUGUCCCAGGGGCACUGGCCUUUGAGGCCUGGCUGGAGCACACUACGGAGGUGCUCCAAAUGUGGCAGGUGCCUGAGAGGGAGAAGAGGCGGAGGCUGAUGGAAUGCUUGAGGGGGCCUGCCCUCCAGGUGGUCAGUGGGCUCCGCGCCCACAACGCUGCCAUCACUGUGAAGGAGUGCCUGGCGGCAGUGCAACAGGUGUUUGGGCACGUGGAGAGCCGCAAAAUCACCCACGUGAAGUUUUGUAAGGCUUCUCAGGAGGUGGGAGAGAAAGUGUCUAGUUUUGUGGUCAGGUUGGAACCCCUGCUCCAAAAAGCCAUUGCAAAAAACGCAGUAUCCCGGAGGAAGGUGAAUCAGACGAGCCUGAAACAAGUCUUAAAUGGGGCGAAUCUUCCUGACAAACUUCGAGACAGGCUUAAGCUGAUGAGACAGUGGAGGAAGCCCCCCGGUUUCUUGGCCCUGGUGAAGCUGCUGCGUGAGGAGGAUGAAGCCACCAUGGGCCCUCUGAGGGAGUGUCUGGAUGAGUUGGAAGCAGGCUUCAGGUCCCCUGCCAGGGCCUGUGGUUUCCUAGCAGUGUCUUUUCCUGACCCUGGCAACAUUGUGCAGGCCGGGCCUUCCCAGAGUUCCCGGCGCAGGAGGGGCAGGGGCCGAAGGGGAGAUGUGCCAAGGGAUGGCUCUGGAAGUUUAGGAAAUUGGAAACACCACACGUUCUGCCAUAGUUGUGGAGAAAAUGGCCACAUCAGGGCAGAAUAUAGCAACGCUCCCAACCACUGCUCGGUGAGGCAGAUGAGACAGGCUGCCUUAGAGUCGGGAAAUGGCAACUGGGCUUGGGAGAAGAGCCAUCCCAAGUCCAACGACAGAUAGGCUCAGGAAGACAGGGCAGCUCUUCUUCCUGCAGGCAGAGGAGACGACAAAAGAGAUCUUGGAAGAAAAGGAAGGGGCAUUCCACGCAAAUAGCGGAGGACUUGAGUGGGGCAGAGGGGCAGGACAGUGAGGACCAGGCUAAGCCCCCUCAUCCUCCAGCAGCUGAAAGGGACCCCACCAUGAAGCCAACCUCCCCUCAGGGAGAGACAAACAUAGGACCCUGAAGAGUUACAGUGACAUAAGCAAGUGGCCACCUCACCCAGCACAUGGGGUGCUCGAGCCAUGAGCAGGGGCCCCACCAUGGCAGAGGCUGAAGGAGUUGCAGCUGAGGACUUUGGUAUGCGUCCCAAU